AUGGCCUCUACAAUCGCUUCCUCGUCUUCUUCUCUCACUAGUCCCACUCUCCCCUUUAACAUCUCCUCCUUUGCCUCUUAUAAACUUUCAGAAUCCAACUUUUUACUUUGGGAAAGUCAACUCAAGCCCUUUCUUAUUGGGCAAAAUUGGUGGCGUUUCGUUGAUGGCUCUUAUGUCUGCCCCUCCCCUUACCUCUCUUCUGAUACUUCCUCUGAUUCCACCAAAGCAACCGACAUUCCUUCUUCUGCUCCCAUGCCCAAUCCUGAGUAUCUUACUUGGUUUCAAACUGACCAAUAUCUCAUGAGUCUGCUUCGCUCCACCUUCGAUAUUGUUCCUGCUGGCCUUGACCCUGAGCCUCUGCUCUCUCCGCUACCCCCACCAGCAUCAAAUCCUCCCAUAGUACACCCGGCCCAGGCCACAACCCUAGGAGCCCAGCCACACCUCCUGCAGCCCAGCUCUAGCCCCUCCCCUCAACCCCACACCACGGCCCAACCCAGCCCUCCUUCCUUCUCUGUGGCCCAAUCCUCCCUCCCCCCUUUGCCUUCAGCCCAUGAGCAUCUUCCUCCUUCGUCCACCAACCUGACCCACCCCGAAGCCACUUCUCAUACCUCAUCACUUGUCCUCUCUCCUUCCUCAGCCAUCACGCCUCCAUCCCCUGAUCCCGUGCCUCUAUUCCCAUCCUCCAACCCUGCACCCGACCUCCUCGGAUCGCGCGCCAUGCUGCUCACAGCAUCCGACAGCGCUAGUCACAACAUCCCAUCUUGCCCGACUGCUCCAGACGCUGGACCAGCCCUCGAGCCUCCGUCCUCCUCCUUAUCCUCAACGGCAGCGGUAGACACAGCCCCUGCCUCUGCACCUUCUGCUGCUUCUACUCACCCACCACUCUCCCGUUCCAGCCCAGUCCACACUCGCUCGAAAUCUGGGAUACAUAAACCCAAUCCCAAAUAUCAUGCCAAUUUCUCCACCCGUUAUCCCCUGCCUCAGGCUUUUGCUGCUUUUUUAACUACUGAUGAUGAACCUACUUCUUACACACAGGCCUCUCGCUUUCCUGAAUGGAAAAAUGCUAUGGUUGAGGAGUUCAAUGCUCUUCUUAAACAAGGGACUUGGUCUUUAGUUCCCUCCUCCCCUCAUUUCAAUACCGUUGGUUGUAAAUGGGUCUUUCGAGUCAAACGCCAUUCUGAUGGGACUAUUGAACGUCACAAAGCUAGGCUUGUUGCCAAGGGUUACCACAAACAACCCGGUGUGGACUACUUCGAUACUUUCAGUCCCGUUGUGAAACCUACCACUGUUCGCAUUGUGCUCAGUUUAGCUGUCUCUUCUGGUUGGUCUCUCCGACAGUUGGAUGUCAAAAACGCUUUUCUCCAUGGCUUGCUUACUGAGGAAGUCUAUAUGCAACAACCUCCUGGUUUUGUUGAUCCUAGUCGUCCUCACCAUGUGUGUAAGCUUCAUAAGGCUCUCUAUGGUCUCAAACAGGCCCCUCGUGCUUGGUUUCACCGCUUUAGCUCAUUCCUACUUCGUGUUGGUUUUGUUAAUAGCAAAGCUGACUCCUCCAUGUUUGUUUACAAAGAUGCACAUUCUAUGAUGAUUCUGUUACUUUAUGUGGACGAUAUUGUUCUUACAGGUAGCAACUCCAAUCAACUCCGUACAUUCAUUCACAGAUUGGGCAUUGAGUUUGAAAUCAAGGAUCUUGGCAGAUUGCAUUACUUUUUGGGUGUGGAAGUUUCUUAUUUGCCGGAUUCAGUUCAUCUUACUCAAAACAAGUACACUCUUGAUCUUCUCAAACGCAGCAACCUUCUUGAGUGCAAACCUGCGACUACUCCUACAGCUUCCAAAACCUCUCUAUCACGCUCUCAUGGUUCACCACUUUCAGAUCCCACUCCUUAUCGGCAACUUGUGGGUGCCUUGCAAUACUUAACCUUCACACGACCCGACAUUUCCUAUGCCGUUCAACAUGUCUCGCAAUUUAUGGGCUCUCCUACUGAUGUUCAUUUUGAGGUUGUCAAACGCAUUCUCCGUUACCUGAAAGGCACGCUUGGAUAUGGUCUACCCAUUCACCUUUCUCCUGCCCCCUCUCUUCUUGUUGCAUACUCUGAUGCUGAUUGGGCUGGAUGUCCCGAUACUCGACGCUCCACCACUGGGUAUUGUGUUUUCUUAGGCAAGACUCUUAUAUCUUGGAGUGCUAAAAAGCAACGCACUGUAUCUCGUUCCAGUGCGGAGGCCGAAUAUCGUGCACUUGCCCAUGCUUGUGCUGAUACAAUUUGGAUUCAGAGUCUUCUUCAUGAGCUUCACUUCUCUCUUUCUAAACCAGUUCUUCUUCAUUGUGACAAUUUAUCCGCAACCUACAUGGCUGCCAAUCCUGUCUUUCAUUCUCGCACUAAACAUGUUGCUAUUAAUUAUCAUUUUAUCCGUGAACGUCUUACUGCUGGUAGUCAUCAAGUGCGGUUCAUUUCAUCUCAAGAUCAGCUUGUUGAUGUAUUCACAAAAGGCCUACCUGCAGCCCGUUUUGCGCAUCUUGUGUCCAACCUUGUCACCUAUCCGGCGUCAAGUUUGCGGGGGAGUGUUAGGGAGUUACCAUCACAAUCAUGA